AGCUGCUGUCAAAAAUCUUCAACAAAAAAGCUGGACCGCAUCAUUUUCGAUGCGGUAAACAUUUUCCUUUAAAACCGCACUAAAUACGGAUUAUUUUGUGAAGAUUCGUGCGAAACAUUCGCAUUACUUUAUACUCUGUGUGUUCCUGUCGUGAGUUGUAGCCAAAAUGACGAUCGGCAAAAACAACAAAAUGAUCCAGCUCCUGAACUACAGGGUGCGGAUCGUACUGCAAGACUCGCGUACCUUCAUCGGCACGUUCAAAGCCUUCGACAAACACAUGAACCUCAUCCUGGGGGACUGCGAGGAGUUCCGUAAGAUUAAGCCGAAAAACACCAAGCUGCCAGAGCGCGAGGAAAAGCGAGUGCUCGGGUUCGUUUUGUUGCGCGGUGGUAACAUCGUGUCGCUCACAGUCGAAGGACCCCCGCCACCGGAGGAAGGUCUCCCCCGGGUACCGAUUCCCGGUGGUGCCGGUGGACCAGGUAUGGGACGUGUCGGGGGACGUGGUAUGCCGGCCAAUAUCGCGGGUGUACCGGCAGGAUUGCAGGGACCGGUGCGCGGUGUUGGUGGUCCAUCGCAACAGCAUAUGGCGCCGGUCGGUAGAGGACAGCAGGUAUCGGCCCCACCACAGAUGCGCCCCAUGAUUCCGGGAGGACCUCCGCCGGCCAUGAUACCGGGCGUUAAUCCGAUGGCGGGAAUGGGCCGUGGUGCACCGCCACCGAUGCGAGGGCCACCGCCGGGAAUGAUGCGCGGUGGUCCACCGACCAGGCCGUACUAGGUUAGGAGACUAGCGCCCUCUGUCCACUACCGGCAAAUAGGAUUAGAUUUUAUCUUUUUUUUUUCUUUCUCCCUCACUUACACACACACAAACCAUUCACCCGAAAUAAAAGGGUGUUGGAAGUAAUAAUAAUAUAAAAAUUGAGGAUCUUUGCUACCCUUUCAUGCGCAUGUACAUGUAACGUUUGAAAUAGCGAAUAAAAGAUAAAGGAAUUUUCUGAUGAAUUUUCAAACAAA